AACUCAGCCUACUUCGUCAACUUGGUUCACAACAUCUAAAGGGGGAUACUACAUGCCAUCACAAUGCUAUUUCAUAACCAUCAACAACCAUUGAAAGCUCCUAAUGGAUACAAAACUGAAGUUUACUUUUCCAAUUGGUCAGUCUAUCAACGAUCUCACUUUGCUAUUGAUAUUCCCAUCAAGUACUACACCCACAUAUUCUACGCCUUCAUCCUCGUGGAUCAACAGACUGGCAGAUUGAAGUUCUCUGAUGAAUGGUGUGAUUUACAAAUGCCACUCAAAUCAGCAACCGGCGCUCCAGUAGUGGGCAACUUGCAACAGUUAUUCCUGAUGAAGCUUGCAAAUCGUCAUUUGAAGGUGAUUAUGUCAAUUGGUGGAUGGGGAACUUGUCACUUGUUUGAAGCCGUCAUGUCUGAUAAACAGAAGUUGGCAAACUUUAUCGACUCAGCUGUGGAGUUUGUCCAUGAGUACGGGUUUGACGGAGUGGAUAUUGACUGGGAAUACCCCAAGAACGACAAAGAUGCACGAAACUAUGUUGAAUUAUUACGAGGAUUAAGACUGAAAUUACCCAAUCAAUUCUCAUUGUCCAUUGCUGCCCCUGCAGGUGCUGAAAACGUCAUGGUCUUGCGGAUUAAAGAAAUGGACCAAUACUUGUCGUUUUGGAAUUUGAUGUGCUACGACUUUGCUGGCGAGGGUUGGAGCAAACGCACCGGGUUUCAUUCAAACUUGUUUGGCAAUAAUGGAGACAAUGAGUUGAAUGCGGAUAAUGUGGUUGAACACUACAAGAGAAUGGGAGUUGACUCGUCCAAGUUGAUUCUUGGAAUGCCAAUGUAUGGCCGGGUCUUUCAUGGAGUCGCCAAGCCUGAAAUAGGUCAUCUGUUUUCUUCCAGUGUCAGAAAGGGUCCCGAUGUAAUUGAUACUGAAAUUGUGGAUUAUAAACGAAUUCCACUAGACACAGAAGUGUUUGAUCCUCGAAAAGUGUCGGCUUGCAACUACACGGGUAGCUCGCAACAGUUUAUUGUUUAUGACAAUGCUCAAUCAGCAAGGAUUAAAGCUGGCUAUACACGUUCCAAACAAUUGGGUGGGGGUAUGUGGUGGGAUUCCUGUGGAGAUUCACCAGACCCUGCUAAGUCAUUGGUUAUCAACUAUGUUGACCAAUUGGGAGGAAUUGACGUAUUGGAUAAAUCAGAUAAUGUAGUAUCUUAUCCUACCAGCAAGUAUCUCAAGGAUUUGUUAAAGUAAAAGGUUUAUAUAUUGGAAUAUGAAAAAAUAGAACAAAAAGACUUAGUAUACAAAAUUGGAUUCUUUCAAUAUCCAUGUAAGAUACAAAAACUAUUCUAACUACGCUUGUAAAAGCACUACUUAUUACACUAAAGAAUUGAAUCCAUUCUUGCAAAUACACUCAAAACAGCUGCGAUCAAUUCCAAUUGUAACUCAGAAGCUGAUGACUUUUCAAUCUCGUCAUUGACUUCUUGUCCCAAGUUCAAACCUACUCCUAAUGGGCUUUGGUUUUGUCUUAGGUUGAAUGGAUAUUCGCUGAAGUCAUUAAGUAACUCAUCAGCCCUGGCAAAUGCUUGGUCUCUCUUAUCGUAAUUCAAAGACAAUAACACAUUUUCCAACACAUUAGCAGCAUAUGCCCCACAUACCAAGGAAAUUGAUCUCAAGUAUCUGUAUGAAGUAUCCUUAGGGAAUUGGUCGUUGGCAACAGCAUCUAAAUCAACGGAUCUUUGUACCAACAAGUUCAAAAUUCUAUUUUUGAUAAAUUCCUUGGAUAACUUAUCAGCAACUGGAUGGGUGGCCAUGUCAAACAAAAAGAAGUUUUUACGUUCAGUUCUGAGAAUCCCCUUGUCUACAAGGCCCUUGGCUAAUCUCUCUCUAACUUGUUUCAAUUGAUAGUUGAUCUUCAUUAAGUUCCAAGUUUCACCACUUAACAAAUCAAUCCAGUUAGUAACCGACAAAUUGGAUUCGUCUCCCUUCAUUAUUUUCAAGGCUUCGUCAAGCAAAACUUCACCGGUGGGCUCACUGUCAAUGACUUCAACCAAACGGUCGCUCAAUUCAAACCUACGUCUAGCUGGAUCGUUAACCAAAGUAAUCUUAUUACGGAAAGCCAAUUCCAAUAAAAUACAACCCCUUAAAGUGUAUGAGAUAUUGUCAUUCCAAAACGACAAGUAUCCUUCCUUAUCCUUUAAGCCAAUCAACAAUACUUCUUCCAUCAAGGUCAAAAGAGGUAUUUUUAAAUUGGUAUCGCGAUCUUCUAUAUCACGGGAAUCGUAGCCAAUUUUGUGGUGAUUUUCCGAGGAGGCAGGGCCCACACCGGAAUUAGCAGUUCUAUCUUCAUCAAACGAGUCUGAUGUUCUUGGUUUUGGAGUGGAUGACUUACCAGCUCCACGACGUCUCUGCAAACCUGAUGAUGACAUUAUUCUGUAGCUGUUGUAGGUGUUGUAGGUGCGUGUGGUUACGUGUUGUUAUCUGUCAAACAAAAAAAAAGGGAAUGAAAGAUCGAGAUAUGAUUAUGCUUUCGACUGGGGCAAUUGGUGGUGGUAGAAAUCAGGAUUGGUCUAAUUAAGAUGGAUACACGCUAUCUAUUAUAUUAUUUCCGUUCCUCCAGUGCAAGUUCUUUCAGAGUAUUUCCUUUUGGGAGUCGAAACUACGUUACUUUUUAAUUGGGUGUUU